AUCGUCGUGGCGGCCAGUUUGGGUGGCACCUUGACCUACGGUGUCUACCUGGGCCUGCUGGAGAUGCAGUUAAUCCUCCACUACGACGAGACUUACCGGGAAGUGAAGUACAGCAACAUCCAGCUGGAGGACAUCGACCGCAAGGUGCUGAUGGGCAUCAACGUCACCCCCGUGGCCGCGCUGCUCUACACCCCCCUCCUCAUCAGGUUUUUUGGCACCAAGUGGGCCAUGUUCCUGGCAGUGGGGGUCUACGCCCUCUUCGUCUCCAGCAACUACUGGGAGCGCUACUACACGCUGGUGCCCUCUGCUGUGGCCAUCGGGGUGGCCAUCGUGCCUCUCUGGGCUUCCAUGGGCAACUACAUCACCAGGAUGGCUCAGAAGUACUACGAGUACGCCAACUACAAGGAGGAGCACGUGCAGGAGCAGCAGCCAGCGCCCCGGGGGGCUUGUCACUCCUACAUCAUCAUUUUCCAGACUGUUUUCUAUAGUUGCUUCCAGCUGAGCUUUGUCUGCGCCCAGAUGCCCAUGUUCUUCUUCCUCAACAACUACCUCUACCACCUCAACCACACGCUGUACGAGGUCAAGCACUGCGGGACCCUGAGCCACGGGACCUUGACUGGCUUCAACAAGACGGUGCUGCAGAGCUUGCCCCGUAGCAUCAACCUCAUCAUCGUGGAGAGCGUCUUGAUGGCAGCUGCUUUCCUUGCCAUGUUGCUGGCUGACAAACGGGCUCAUCACAACGCGCUGGAGCGCAAGCGCAGAGACCACAUCAAGGACAGUUUUCACAGCCUGCGGGACUCUGUCCCCUCCCUCCAGGGGGAGAAGGCAUCCCGGGCCCAAAUCCUGGACAAAGCCACAGAGUACAUCCAGUACAUGCGCCGGAAAAACCACACGCACCAGCAGGACAUCGACGACCUUAAGAGGCAAAACGCCCUCCUGGAGCAGCAAG